CCCCGUCCCUGGAAAAAACGAUCACGUCAUCGAUAAACAGACGCACACGUUCCAGUCCGUCACAUACUCUGGCCAUCACCGAAUGAAACCACCCAGGACUACUACUGAGACCUUGCGGCACAGAUAAAAAUUCGUACAACCCCGUAGACGUGAUAACAGCACAAUGAUCGGAAUGCUGUCCUCCUCAAUACUGCACUGGAAAAACCCACUGUCCAAAUCCAGCGUACUGAAGAUUUUCGAUUUGUCCAAUUCCGCCAAAAUAUCCUCCACUAUCGGAAUGGGCAAUUUCGGGAUUACACUCAUUUUAUUGAUGCGCUUGUAGUUGACCGUCAACCGCACCCCACCGUUAGCUUUCGCGACUACCACCAACGAACUCGCCCAAUUGCUGUACGAUCUCCGCAACACCGCCGCCAACAGCAAUUUGUCAUUUUCGAUCUGCACCUAUUCGUUCAUAACCGGUGAAUAGCGAUAUGGCCUCUGCCGCACUGGCUGUGCCCUCGGCUUCAAAAUGAUUCGAAACGGAUCCACCGUCACCCGUCCUAAAUCCGAACCACCUUUCGAAAAACGAUGCUCAAACUUGCACAAUAAAUCACCUAGUUUGUCAAAUGUCUUUCGGCUCCCACAGUUUCGCAUUGAAGUCGAAAUGGACGUCUCGAAUGUGCGGAGGCACCCUUUGCCACAACCGCCUGAAUGCCACCUGUUGCGCCCCAUUCAAAGAAGACAUAACAUCAGCGGGGGGUUUGUCGUCAGGCAUGUCAGCCUCUUCAUCCUCCUGAACCGCAAAUACAUUUUUGAAUUCCUCAUUUUCCACCAAACGAGCAUCAUCCAAUUUACCACUUCCAGGGCUUCACCACCAUACCCCAAAAUAUCGUUGGGUUUCACCAGACACGAGCUAUCCCCCACUCUUUUGAGAGGAAUUUCAGACGUGCCAUUUUCGACCAAUGCUUCCUGCGGGAACCACUUUUUCCCAAACUGCACACGGUAGUCCGCCGCUUCACCUGCAGCAAACGUAAAAGGAGGCGGAGGGUACACCGCAUCACUCCUUUGUCCUGACACAGAAUUAACAGAUACUUGGACGGCAAAAAUACGAUCUGUUCCUUCUUGUGUUUCACCAAAAUUUCCUCCCUCCUGCGCUGUUAUCUCAACCUCACGCUUGAGAUAAUUUUCAUAGGCGGAUGCAUCCCCUAUCACGCCCUCUCCUCCUAUCACUGGUAAAACAACAGUUUCAUGGUUCUGCUUGCUGCCAGCACGAUCAACGGUGGUAUCGCUUUUUUCCUUUCUAGUGUCCAUAUUAAUCGACUCCUUUUUGGCUCCAUUUCGACCAACUGUGUGUUCCGCUUGAGGAUACAGCGGACACCUUACUGUUCUCGGAGAAUUUGCCUUGUGUAUUUCCUUCCUUUGAGUGUUUAACGCAUUCCCCGCUGGUGUUGCAUUGUCAGUAACAUUUCCCAUUCUGCCAAUGCUAGUCUUCGUU